AUGCAACGGCUAUGGGGAAUAGUUUACCAGGAUUACUUCGGUCAUGUUGUAUUGGAAUCGAAUGCUGUUAAGAGAUAUGGGAUCAGAGCUACUCCUGUUGAUCUAGAAGAAAAUCUUGAACCUGGGAAGAUUUAUUUCUUGGUCGAGUUACCUAAACUGCCGAAGACGGCGGAGAAGACGUUGACGAUUAGAAGGGUGCGUUGGAGGAAGUCAUCGAGGUUGGAGAACGCGGCUGUCACCACCGCCGUCGAAGGGAGGCAGGCAGAAGUUGCAUAUAGGAGAUGGAGUGAGAGGGAGGAGGAGGCGACCGUUGGAGAGAAAGAGGAUUAA